UUCAUCACUUCCACUACCACUCCACAAAACACUUCCAUUACAUUACGCAGCCUAUUAGCAUCAAUUCAUCCAUCGGAUAUUUCUCUUCUGCAGAACCCUACCCCCACCCCAGCAGCCAUUCUUCAAUGGCGAAUUCUCAGAGACGGCCGGCGGCAUUGGAUCCCGUAUACUAUCCGGUGGUAGCAUUGGCGUUAAUCCUUGUUGCAUGUGUUGACUUCUGCGACGCCGUCACGGUCGUCGACGUUUAUCGCCUGGUUCAGUAUGAUCUCUCCGGUGUCCCUUUCGGAUCUCGGCUUGCUACUCUCAAUCACCACGCCGGCUCCUCGUUCUUCGCUUCUAGCUCAACUGUAGAUCUCUCUCGCACUGUACUCAUGCUUCCUGUUCGUGAAUUGGACCUCGAUCUCAUUAAAGAAUACAUUGGACAGGGCAAGCUAUUAGGGGGCUUACUUCUUUUACUGCCACCUCAAUUUAGUCCAGAAAAAGUAGAGACUGCAGUUGGUCGUGAUGAAGAUUUUGACCUUCUGAGAAAUAAAGUGUCUGAGCUGGAACGGUUGCUUAUUCAUGCUAACAUUCCUUAUCCUGUGUAUUUUGCUUUUGAGGAUGAUAAUAUCAAUGCUGUACUAGCUGAAGUCAAGAGAAAUGAUGCUAGUGGUCAACCUGCAACUGCUACAACAGGCGGAUACAAGCUUGUUGUUGCUGCCUCAGAUCCUAAGAAAAUUGCAUCUCCCACCAUUACAAAUAUUCAGGGAUGGUUACCAGGGCUUAAACCUGAUGGAGACUCAAGUCAACUCCCUACUAUUGCCAUAGUGGCUUCGUAUGACACGUUUGGGGCUGCACCGGCAUUGUCAGUUGGAAGUGAUAGCAAUGGAAGUGGUGUUGUGGCACUUCUUGAGAUAGCUAGGCUGUUUUCUGUUCUGUAUUCAAAUCCUAAAACAAGGGGUAGAUAUAACUUACUUUUUGGAUUGACGUCUGGUGGGCCUUAUAACUUCAACGGAACUCAGAAGUGGCUUCGAAGUUUUGACCAACGUCUACGGGAGAGUAUCGACUAUGCCAUUUGCUUGAAUAGUCUUGGCUCCUUGGGCAAUGAGUUACAUCUUCAUGUUUCUAAACCUCCUGAAAACACAUACAUACAACAAAUAUUUCAGGGUUUCUCCAGUGUAGCAGAAGAAUCGGGGCUUCAAGUUGGUCUUAAGCACAAAAAAAUAAACAUCUCCAGUCCUCGAGUAGCCUGGGAGCAUGAGCAGUUUUCAAGGCUGCGAGUCACUGCAGCAACAAUUUCUGAGCUUUCUACUGCACCUGAAUUGUUAGAAGGCACUGGAAGUUUGUCUGAUAACAGACAUUCUGUUAGUGAAGCCUCCAUCAUUCGAAGUGUCAAGCUUGUUGCUGAAAGUGUAGCAAGACAUAUAUACAGCCAGGAAGGAAAAGGCACAAAUAUAUUUGCAGACGAUGGUAGUUUAGCUGUCAAUCCUUCCUAUGUACGGUCCUGGCUGGAUCUUUUGUCUACUACCUCUCGAGUGGCACCUUUUCUUUCAAAGAGUGACCCACUUAUCAUGGCACUGCAAAAGGAAUUAGCUGAUCAUACUGCUGAGGUGAAUGUACAGCAUGAGACGCUAGAUGAGACUUUCACUUUUUAUGAUUCAAUUAGUGGCAGGUUACAUGUAUAUCAGGUUGCGAGCGUGACUUUUGACUUGCUCUUGCUGUUAGUUCUUGGAUCAUACUUGAUAACACUUUUCAGUUUUCUCGUUAUCACCACCAGGGGUCUUGACGAUCUUAUCAGUCUAUUCCGACGUCCUCCAUCCCGGAAAGUGAAAGCUGUGUGAUUUCUUGAGGUGGGAUAUGUUCACACUUGAGGUCUCCAGUAAACUAUGGAUUGCUCACCAUUGAUCUGUAGUUUAACGUGUCGUUAUUUAGAAGCUUUCGACGAAGUUCCAUGGGAGAAACUCCACAUAUUUUACUUUGGUAGUGUGACUACAUGCAUAGUUAUAAAUUUUUUGCUUAGUUACAAAUGUAAUUUCCAUAACAUGCUACUUAGAGAUGUUAACUUCGAGCUUCAUAUUAAUUUGCCGGCAGUUAUCACAUUGAUUUGCAGACAGUUAACCAUUGAAACUAUCGAAGAAUAAGUUGUUUUCAAUUUGUAUAUGGAGAUGAUAUUAUUAAUUAAUAUCAAGUAAAGACACUUUUAGUUA